UGAAAAUGAAAGAGAGGAGGAAUUAAAAUUUAAUUCGAAAACAGUUUCUUGUAAACUAAGGUAUUCCCAUCAUUUCUUCGACACCAAUCAAAGAAACCCCUAUCUCUCUUCUCCCACCUUUACCAAAUCCCUAGACCACCACAACCACAACCACCGCCGCCGCUGCCGCCGCGGAAUUAAACUCAUGGGUCACGAGCUAGCGCCGUCGACCACCACACCCCCACUCUCAAAACCUCCGGCCGCCCCCACUGCCUUGGCUCCGGGCUUCCGAUUUCACCCAACCGACGAAGAACUCGUCAUUUACUACCUCAAACGCAAAGUCUGCCGCAAACCCUUCAAAUUCAACGCGAUCUCCGACGUCGACAUCUACAAGAGCGAACCUUGGGACCUCGCAUGUAAGUCGAGCUUGAAGAGCAGGGACCAGGAGUACUAUUUCUUCAGUGCAUUGGACAAGAAGUACGGAAAUGGGGCAAGGAUGAAUAGGGCUACACAUCUAGGGUACUGGAAGGCCACUGGAAAUGACAGGCCUGUCAAGCACAACAAUAAGACUGUUGGGAUGAAGAAAACUUUGGUUUUUCAUAGUGGCAGAGCUCCAGAUGGCAAGAGGACUAAUUGGGUCAUGCAUGAGUAUAGGCUUGUUGAUACGGAAAUGGAAAAACCUGGAAAUGGUGUUCCUCAGGAUGCGUAUGUGUUGUGUAGGGUAUUUCAUAAAAGUAAUAUAGGACCACCAAAUGGGCAUCGAUAUGCGCCUUUUGUUGAGGAGGAAUGGGAUGAUGAAAAGUUAACUUUCGUUCCUGGAGAAGUGGCUAGGGAUGACACAGUAGUCGGUCGUGAUUCCGUUGGAAAUCGUUGCGAUGCAGUUAAGGUAGGAAAUGAUCAUGAUUCCGUUGUUGGAGGACAUCAUCGGGAUGUACCUAUGGUAGGAAAUGGUCAUGAUUCAGUUGUUGGAGGAAAUCAUGGCAAUAUAGCUAUGGCAGGAAAUGGUCAUGAUUCAGUUGUUGGAGGAAAUCGUCGCGAUGUAGUUGUGAUAGGAAAUGGUCAUGAUUCAGUUGUCGGAGGUGCUACUCGUGAUGCAGUUGUAGCAAAUGGUUGUCAUGCAGUUGUUGUAGCAAAUGGUCGUGAUACAGUUGUUGGAAAUGGUUGUCAUGCAGCUGUUGGAGGAAAUGGUCAUGCUGCUGCCUGUAUUGAAGAAAAAGUUCAUGCUGCUGUGGAUAUUGAUCAAAAAGAUCAUGUUGCGGCAGUUGUUGAACAAAAAGAUAAUGCGUCUGCAAGUAUUGAACAAAAAGAUCAUGAUGUCUGUCUUGGAGGCGGCCCUUCUGUUGAUGGACAUGUUCAGGACACUAUGAUGGAAGUAGAUGGUCAUGGAACUACUGAGGAAGGAAAUGUUCAUGGAAGCAAUAGAGGAAAUGGUCAUGACGGGCGCAACGCAGGGAACUAUUUUGUGCAGGAUACUCAGACAAUCAGCAAUGCUCUUCUUAGUGCUACUGAACUUCCAAAAGACAGUCAAACGGUUUUAGUGCCAUGCAAGAGAGAGAAAUUGGAUGAUGAUCCAAUGACAUGUGUAGUUAAUCGAGAAGAGAGAUUGGAUGAUUACCCAUCACCGCUUGGAGAUGAUCCACAACCCCUGCUAUCACUGUUUAAUCAGCAGCCUGGUAUACUACGCCAAUAUAAAAGGAGGAGGCAUAAUGAAUCAAAUUCAAACCGUUCAAAUGCCUCAGAGAUUUCAAGUGGGUUGACUCAUGAUCCUUGCUCAUCUACAACAACGACAGCGUCAACAGAGACUUCGGUGACGGCAACAACAAAAAGAAAUUUUCUGUCUGCAUUGGUGGAAUUUCAACUGUUAGAAUCCCUUGAACCCAAGGAUAAGACUCCGGUAGCUCCACCUGAAUUUAAUGCUGCUCUGCAUAAUUCAUCUGUGCCUUCUAGCUGCUUGAAAUUCAUAGAGAGUUUGCAAAAUGAGAUUCACAAGAUUUCGAUUGAGAAGGAGACAUUGAAAUUUGAAAUGCUGAGUGCCCAAGCUGUGAUUAACAUUCUUCAAUCUAGAAUUGAUCUUCUGAACAAGGAGAAUGAGGAUCUGAAGAGGAAUGCCCGAGAGGCUGAGUGAUUGGUAGUCAGUAUGUGUACUCGUGUUGUUCUUCUUUGUAUGAGUUACAGGCCCCGUAUAGGCCUUGUUUAGUCACCUACAGCCGGUAUGUUUUAUUCAUUAGUCGGGAACUUUCUUUGUCAGUUAACUGAACAAUGUUGUAACAGUAGCAAAGCUUGUUGCAAUAGUAGCAAGCUGAACAAUGUUGUAUCUUUAUGCACUUAGAUUAGUCUCUCAUCAAAAUCAGCGGUUUAUAACUA